GGUAGUUACGACACGUCACUGAUGACUCAUCUGUGACGGGUGACAAGUUUUAACCCGUCAGAGAUGACUUAUAUACCGGUCAGAGAUGGGUUAUCUGUGACGGGUGUUUCAUCCGUCACAGGUGAUUUUGUCAUCAGUGACCACUAAUCACUGACCAAGACCAAACCCGUCAAAGGUGAGGGUUUGGGCCCGUCAGAGAUGACCUGGUCCGGCGUAGUGUGAGCUUCCGCUGCUCCCCGUGCGGCAAGGACGGACCCUCGAUGGACCUCGUCGCUGACCACGACGACCACUCCGUAGUGCUCCUCGAGAUGCGUUACGACAAGGAAGGCUACGACGAAUUCGGGAUCGAUUACUUCGUCUACAAUUACGCCGCCGCCGACGACGACGGCGACGACGAUGACCCACCACGGCCGCCGUCGUUGUCGCUGCUCCCGUCCUACUGGGAUCCAUUGGACGAGGACGAAAGAAGGCGGCGUCAGGAUCCGAAGGUGCACCAGCUGGACGCAGAUAGCACCGGCCUCCUCCGCCGCCGCCGCCGCCGCCACGGCGAGGACGACCUCGUGGUGGCGGAGCUCAUCACCACCAGGGAGAGCGAGAGCAGCAAGCUGGAGGAGGUCAAGCUCCUCGUGCUCCGCUCCGGCGAGUGGAGCGUCACGCGGGCGGAGAUCAUCCACGACGGCAGCAAGGGCGAGGAGCUCUCCUACUGGGAGACCGACAUGGCCGUCCCCGUCGGCGACCGGCGGCUCUGCUGGGUCGACCUGUACCGCGGCGUCAUCCUCUGCGGCGACGACCUGUUCGACGAAAUUCCCCCGCGGCUGCAGUACGUGCCGCUCCCCGUGGAGGCCCCCGCCGGCGAAUUCGAGGAGGACAGCGACGACGAGAGCACGCGGAGAUGCCUGAUGGCGAGCUCAAGUUCAUCGACGUCUUCCCCCGCUGCUGCUGCGGCGACCCCGGCGCCACCCUCUGCGACCAUUCUCGCCACGCCUUCGUCAUCAACAUCUGGACACUCAGGAUCGACGGCGACGGCGACCACACCAUGUUGUCAUGGACCAUGGACGCCAUGAUCGACGCCACCGAGCUCUGGUCCCUCGACGCCUACGCCGGCAUCCCACGUGUCAUCCCGGAGUACCCUGUCAUCAGCACAGACGACGCUGACGUCAUCUGCUUCCUCGUGACCGAGCCAUACAAUCACAAACAGGGGAAACCCUAUUUCGAAAGAACGACAUGGGAGAUGACGAUGGACACCAAGAACAAGACACUGCUAUCAGUAUGCACAUACGAUGAUGAUAUUUCCCAACGAGAGCCAUCUUAUGGACACACUUACAUUCCAAACAAUUUUGCUACAAAGCCACCACCGGCCAUCAUCUGCGAGGCAACGACGACGAUCACAACCGAAAUCAACGGUAAUAAUCUGUCGCAAUCUUUGCCAUCUGCCAAACAUCUGCAGGUGUCAAGGAUGGCUCCUGAGGAGAUAUUGGUAGCACUUGAAGAGAUUCCUGAGCUUUCUCGCGAUGAUUUGCUGAAAGCGUAUAGUAUUCUUUGCCGUGACAAUGGCCGCCUAUUUAGGUCUCUUCUUGGGCUCCCAAUGAGUCUGAGGAAGAAGUGGCUGUUGAUAGAAAUUAAGGCUUGUCGAGAUUGUCCCGUCUGCAGUGCAUGUACAACUGAUGGCCUAUAACAUGAUUGAUUAAAAUAUUUGUUAUAGUGGUACUUGUAUACACUUGUGGGAUUAACUGUGCUAAUUCUGCUGAAUUAAGUUCCUUAUUUGUUGUU